GACAAAACAAAAGACACCCCCGCGCCGCUCUUUACAUAUACCUACCAAGUACCAACAGAGAGCAGACAGUGAGUUUGGAGAUAGGGAGAGAGAGAAUGGCGAGCGAAGAAGAAAGCGCAGUGAGAGAGCCGUUGGAUCUCAUCAGACUCAGCCUAGACGAGCGUAUCUACGUCAAGCUUCGUUCCGACCGCGAACUCCGCGGCAAACUCCAUGCUUAUGAUCAGCAUUUGAAUAUGAUUCUAGGAGAUGUGGAAGAGAUUGUUACAACUGUGGAAAUUGAUGAUGAAACUUACGAGGAGAUUGUCCGGCCGACAAGGCGCACCGUUCCAUUUCUCUUUGUCCGAGGAGAUGGUGUCAUAUUGGUCUCCCCUCCACUUAGGACUGCUUGACCUGGAAUACCAGUUUUAAAGCGCAUUGUAGGAAAGCUGCCCGUUGUCACAUGUACUGCUGCUCUGCCAUUACUUCAGUUAUCAAGUACUUAAUUUUUGGAUUGUUUACCACAAACUGAUAGGGGGGAAGUUUCCUUGUAAGAACCUUUUGAUAUGGACUCGUGGGAUGGUUUUUUCUGAGCUAUUAAAAAUAAAAUCCUAUCUCGUUGUUUGGCACACGCAAUGUGAAAUUGCUGUUAUAAUUGAUGUAGUAAACAGAUUAAACCAUAUGACCC